AGCCCGCCCUUUGCUUCUUGGCCUCGGUUCCCCUCAGCUUUGGCGCGCCCGGGCCCCGCCCCAGCCCUCCCGAUUCCCCACUGCCCGGCUCCGGCCUCCUUCUUCCGCCGCCGCGAUGAUGAUGAUGGCGCUGAGCAAGACCUUCGGGCAGAAGCCCGUCAAGUUCCAGCUGGAGGACGACGGCGAGUUCUACAUGAUCGGCUCCGAGGUGGGAAACUACCUCCGUAUGUUCCGAGGUUCUCUGUACAAGAGAUACCCCUCGCUCUGGAGGCGACUAGCCACUGUGGAAGAGAGGAAGAAAAUAGUUGCAUCGUCACAUGGUAAAAAAACAAAACCUAACACUAAGGAUCAUGGGUAUACGACCCUUGCCACCAGCGUGACUCUGCUAAAAGCCUCAGAGGUGGAAGAGAUCCUGGACGGCAACGAUGAGAAAUACAAGGCCGUGUCCAUCAGCACGGAGCCCCCCACCUACCUCAGGGAACAGAAGGCCAAGAGGAACAGCCAGUGGGUGCCCACCCUGCCCAACAGCUCCCACCACUUGGACGCCGUGCCGUGCUCCACCACCAUCAACAGGAACCGCAUGGGCCGGGACAAGAAGAGAACCUUCCCUCUCUGCUUUGAUGACCACGACCCAGCUGUGAUCCACGAGAACGCGUCCCAGCCUGAGGUGCUCGUCCCCAUCCGCCUGGACAUGGAGAUUGAUGGGCAGAAGCUGCGGGACGCCUUCACCUGGAACAUGAAUGAGAAGCUGAUGACCCCCGAGAUGUUUUCAGAAAUCCUCUGUGACGACCUGGAUCUGAACCCACUGACGUUCGUGCCGGCCAUCGCCUCCGCCAUCAGACAGCAGAUCGAGUCCUACCCCACGGACAGCAUCCUGGAGGACCAGUCAGACCAGCGCGUCAUCAUCAAGCUGAACAUCCACGUGGGAAACAUCUCCCUGGUGGACCAGUUUGAGUGGGACAUGUCGGAGAAGGAGAACUCGCCAGAGAAGUUUGCCCUGAAGCUGUGCUCGGAGCUGGGGCUAGGCGGGGAGUUUGUUACCACCAUCGCAUACAGCAUCCGGGGACAGCUGAGCUGGCAUCAGAAGACCUACGCCUUCAGCGAGAACCCCCUGCCCACAGUGGAGAUUGCCAUCCGGAACACAGGCGAUGCUGACCAGUGGUGCCCGCUGCUGGAGACCCUGACUGACGCCGAGAUGGAGAAGAAGAUCCGCGACCAGGACAGGAACACGAGGCGGAUGAGGCGUCUGGCCAACACUGCCCCAGCCUGGUGACCCUCCUGUUGGCGCUCAGCUCUCACGAAGCAGCUCAGAAGAUUGGAUCCCUCCCCUUCCUCUUCUGAUCAGGAGAGAGGCAGUGGACAGCCCGGUGCCAUCCAGAGGAAUGGGGCAGGGGCCGGGACCCCCUGGGUCACCCUUCCCAGCCGCACCUCGCAGCUGCUGAGCCCCAGUCCCGUUUCCCCACUCUUUAGCCCCCUACCCCAGUGUCUGGGGCCAGAAAGAAGCCUCAUUUUAGGUUGUGUUUUGUUUUUGUAUGGGAGCCCCAGGCAGGGCUAGCAACACUUUUUAAAUAAAAGGCAAUAGAUCA